AACUCAACAGGCUUUUUCCCUCUGCUAUUGCCCUCCAUUUGACCUCCAGAGAGGAGGGGGCCACCAUGUGGGCUGUGGGAAAAGGGAUGCCAGUGUUGUUUUUACUCGCUCGUCGCUCACAGACUGGGAGAAAACAGUCAAUUAAAAUACAUCAUACUUUACAAGGGCACAGGGGUACACUGGUAUAGGGGUACACUGGUAUAGGGGUACACAUUUACAGGGGUACACGGCUACAGGCGUGUACAAAGCUUUUCCGCUCAGGGCCACAUACUGAAAAAGGACAGGAUGCAAGAAGGUUGGGAGAUUUGAAGAAAAAAAAGCUUUGUGACAAAUAUCAUCCCCAUCAACUUCACCCUUUUUCAUGAUUUUUGCUGUUUUUUUAUUUUGAAAUAAUGUGAGAAAGAAUGGAUACUAUCAAGACGAGGAAGAGGAAUUGUCAUCUAGAAAAAGUUGGCGUGCAGACUUUUCCCACUGGUGUGUACGAGCAUGUUGAGUAUGCAGCCUGGGUGGAAAGCAUGAAGCAUUCAUUUUUCAUGAGUGACGGAAAAUGGAAACUGCAGACUGAUGCGUCCUCGCUGGGAAAUACUUCAUCAAGUACUGUACAGUAUACAGUCUGCACUCCUUGUGCACAGGAAGUAGUGUCUGCUGGGAGCGGUCGAUACUGCCAGGUUUGGUAUCAAUCCCAUAGCGAGUAAAUAUGGCCCUCCUGUGUUGAAGAAAAAAAGUAUAUCCCCGAAACCCAUACUAGCCUCAGUAUGGAUGCUGUGGAUGACUUGGUAUGGAUGACUAAGUGUGGAUGCUGUGGAUGACUUAGGAUGGAUGACUAAGUGUGGAUGCUGUGGAUGACUUGGUAUGGAUGACUAAGUGUGGAUGCUGUGGAUGACUUAGGAUGGAUGACUUAGUGUGGAUGCUGAGGAUGACUUAAUAUGGUUGCUGUGGAUGACUAAGCGUGGAUGCUGUGGAUGACUUAGUAUGGAUGACUUAGUGUGGAUGCUAUGGAUGACUUAGUAUGGAUGAUUUUGCAUGGACGACUUAGUAUGGAUGAUUUAGUAUGGAUGACUAAGUGUGGAUGCUGUGGACGACUUAGUAUGGAUGACUAAGUGUGGAUGCUGUGGACGACUUAGUAUGGAUGACUUAGUGUGGAUGCUAUGGAUGACUUAGUAUGGAUGAUUUUGCUUGGACGACUUCGUGUGGAUGAUUUAGUAUGGAUGACUUAGUAUGGAUGAUUUUGCAUGGACGACUUAGGAUGGAUGAUUUAGUAUGGAUGACUAAGUGUGGAUGCUGUGGACGACUUAGUAUGGAUGAUUUAGUAUGGAUGACUUGGUAUGGAUGCUAUGGCUACUGUAGGCCUGGUUCCUGCAUCCCUCCAGUCCAGCAGGUGUCACUGCAGGAGUUGCACGUGAGGCUCACCUCAUCCACUGGACUGAUAAGCAGCUUGAUGACAUUUUGCUUGUUUAUGUCUCCACCCACGCGCCCCCACAGUCCCGCCAUGCUUCCAUUCCCGUGGAGGUUGUGCGUAAAAGUGCAGGGCGCGGAGCUCCUGUCAUCAUCCUCGUGCUGUCUUCCUCCUCAUCCUCAUCAUCAUCCUCCUCAUCGUCAUCGUCAUCAUCAUCAUCAUCAUCAGCAGCAGCAGCAGACCAGAGGCGGCCGGCUGCCUCAUCCCAACAUGGCCCCUCGGCACCCGAGCCUGUCGAUCCUCCUGCUGUUCCUUUUCGCCGCACACGUCAGCGCCAGCGCGGGCCUCGGUGCGCCGAUCAACGACACCCAAGCUGAUGGAGAGGAAACCCCACCGGAUCAUCACCGGAACCACUCGUCCGCCCACAGGAAGCCUUUUCCGGUGUUGGCGUUCAACUACGAGCACGUCAGGACGCCCUUCGAGAUCUCGCUAUGGAUCCUGUUGGCUCUCCUCAUGAAGCUCGGCUUCCACAUCAUUCCCAGAGUGUCCAACGUGGUUCCGGAGAGCUGCCUGCUGAUAUUCGUCGGCCUCCUGGUGGGCGGUGUCAUCAAGGCCAUCCGGGAGACGGCGCCCUUCCUGGACACCAAGCUCUUCUUCCUCUACCUGCUGCCCCCCAUCAUCCUGGACGCCGGCUACUUCCUGCCCAUCCGCCCCUUCAUGGAGAACCUGGGCACCAUCCUGGUGUUUGCGGUGGUGGGCACACUGUGGAACACCUUCUUCAUCGGCGGGGCCAUGUAUGGCGUGUGCCGCCUGGAGGGCGCCCAGCUGGCCGGCGUGGACCUUCUGUCCUGCCUGCUGUUUGGAGCCAUCGUGUCGGCCGUGGACCCUGUGGCCGUGCUGGCCGUCUUUGAGGAGAUCCACAUCAACGAGCUGCUGUACAUCCUGGUCUUUGGAGAGUCGCUGCUCAACGACGCCGUCACUGUGAUUUACCAAAAGUCAAGCCUGCAGGAUGAUGGAGUGUUGUAUCACCUGUUUGAGGAGUUUUCCCACGCAGGCGUGGUGACAGUGGCCGACGCUCUCCUGGGGGUGCUGUGCUUCUUGGUGGUGUCCUGUGGGGGCGUGCUGGUGGGCGGCAUCUACGGCAUCCUGGGCGCCUUCACGUCGCGCUUCACGUCGCACUCGCGCGUCAUCGAGCCCCUCUUCGUGUUCCUCUACAGCUACAUGGCCUACCUGUCGGCGGAGGUCUUCCACCUGUCGGGCAUCAUGUCGUUGAUCGCGUGUGGCGUGGUGAUGCGGCCAUACGUGGAGGCCAACAUCUCCCACAAGUCCUACACCACCAUCAAGUACUUCCUGAAGAUGUGGAGCAGCGUGAGCGAAACGCUCAUCUUUAUCUUCCUCGGCGUCUCCACCGUAGCCGGGCCCCAUGCCUGGAACUGGACCUUUGUCGUCGUGACGGUGGUCCUGUGCCUGUUGUCCAGAGUGCUGGGCGUCAUCGGGCUCACGUUGGUCAUCAACAAGUUCCGCAUCGUCAAGCUGAGCAAGAAGGACCAGUUCAUCGUAGCCUACGGCGGCCUGCGAGGCGCCAUCGCCUUCUCUUUGGGCUUCCUGCUGACCGACAACAGGAUGAAGCACCUCUUCCUCACCGCCAUCAUCACCCUCAUCUUCUUCACCGUCUUUGUUCAGGGGAUGACCAUCAGGCCUCUGGUGGAGCUUCUGGAAGUCAAGAAGAAGAAGGAAAGUGACGGCUCCUUUAACGAAGAGAUCCACACACAGUUCCUGGAUCAUCUCCUUACAGGAAUUGAAGGCAUCUGUGGUCAUUAUGGGCAUCACCACUGGAAAGACAAGCUGAGCCGCUUCAACAAGGCCUACGUGAAGAAGUGGCUGAUUGCUGGCGAGCGCUCCACCGAGCCGCAGCUGCUGUCCUUCUACAACAAGAUGGAGAUGAAGCAGGCCAUGAUGAUGGUGGAGGGCGGCGCCACCGCCUUCAGGCCGCCCUUGAUUGUGGCCGACGUGGAACCCAAAGGGCCGUCCAGACGUAGAACAAACGUCUCCAGGAAUCGUGAGAAGGAAAUCCGAAAGAUGCUGCACACCAACAUGCAGAAGAACAGACAGAGGCUUCGCUCUUACAGCAGACACGACCUCAUGAUUGACCCCUUCGAAGAUGAAGACGUAAGCGAGGUUCGCUUCAGGAAGCAGCGAGUGGAGAUGGAGAGGAGGAACACCGGGUCUACACGUACGACGACGGCGACAGAGACCCAGCGCCACGCUCGGACCCGAGCUCCCCUGACGCCGUCACCCUGCUGAACGAGUCCCAGCGCGCGUCCGACCACGGUGAGGAGGAGCAGCUGACAGUCCUGCGCCGUCUCAGCGACCCCGGGCCCAACUAGCAGAUGGCCACCGUGAUGGUCAGAGGAGCCUGAAUGCAUCCCAUCCCAAGCUUGAUUUAUUCUUUGCUCGGUGUGUGCUUGUUUUCAAUCGCUACAGGCACCAAAGGGGUGGAGUUCACCCUUCCAAGCACAAGCAUAGUGGCCACCAAAGAACACUUUGAUUUCCAAAACACCAAAACAUGGCUGCAUGACUGCCAAUGCGUGUUUUUCCUCAGGGACCUCAUUCACCUUGAAAAAAGAAAGCAAUGAAGUCCACUUUAGCGUGUGAUGUUCCUCAUGACGUACGUUAGCGUGGCCUUCAGCAUCACGCCUAUCUACACUGCCCGAGCUCAGGCUGCCUGCUUGUUUGCGUUUGUGCCAGAGUAUUUUUCUAUUUGCAGCAGAAUGGAAGUCAUUUGUCAUGAAAAUAAAGGUUUGUAUUUCAAGUGUGAAAAGCAGUCCUGUAGACCUGCGGCUCAAACAACAGGGAGGUUCAAUUCCCCUACGUGCCAACCAACAUCACGACAACCACAGGAGGAAGGAGACACGGACACGGAUGGCAGCAGCCAUGGACCUCAGCGGCAGCUGGCAGCUUUAUUGGGAGGAAAACCUUGAAGGCCUCCUCGAAGCAAUGGGCGCCCCUCAAAUGGUGGUCAGGAUGCGUAAGAAGGUGAGGCCGCUGAUCGUCGUUGAGCAGAAAGGGAAAGAUUACACCUUCACGCUCAAGACCCCCAACUUCACCGUAACCAACUCACUCAGUGUCGGGAGGGAGUGUGAAAUGACGGCAAUGGACGGGAGGAAAAUGAAAGUCAGUCCAUUUCCUUGGCUGAGGUCACAUGUGGCUUUGGGGAUUAGCUCUUGUUUUUUGUGUCUUCAUGACCUCCAGUGCACUGUCCGAGAAGACAACGGGAAGCUGAUCACUGAGAGUGACAAGUUCACUUCAGUCCGGGAAAUACAAGGGGAGGACUUGGUUGAGACCAUCACAGCCGGCGCUGUCACUUACACCAGCAGAAGCAAACAAGUGUAAGAUGCACCUACCAGU